GUCCUGGUGACCUUCCCCGCGUUUGUGUUUCUCUGCCUGCUUGGUAUACUUCGGUUCCAGCACACGCUCCAUGCCUCCAUCUCGCAUAACCCACGGCUUACACGAAGCGUGAACAAUGUCUCUUAGAUUAUGACGUGUGCAAGGGUGGAUUAGUGGGCGUAUCGUAUGGAGUGUCGUCCGGCUACACGUAAUGCUUCACUUUUCUUUAUUGCCAAGAGUCAAGCUUGUGCGUCAUGGUUAAAUUUGUUUAUGGACAUGAGAGCUUGAUGGAUUGCAAACCAGCAAACAAGGACAUGGAGAUGUGUUGCAGAGUUGAGGAGUUCUCGAUUCAGCUGCAGCCCGCAGCCGGCAGAGGUCAUGAGCAGGGGCCAGACCAUCAGGAAGGCGCGAAGGGCAGGAGUGGCAGGCUCGAGCGGGGAGGCAGACGGCGACGAGUGGUGGAGCCGAGUCUGGGCGCAGCGCCGCCGCCGCCGCACACACAGGAGGAGCGGGGAUCGUAAUUUAUUUAGGGUUCAGGCUUGGUUCGAUAGGAAAAUUGUGGGGAGGCCCCAGAAGUUGGAUUGGGCCAAAAAAAGUUUAAACUGUGCUGAAAAUUUUGGUCGACUAAUACAAUUACCGGGCCUAGGCGAGAUGGACGAAAUUCGGCCGAAAUUUAAUUUUUUUUGGCCGAAAAUGAAGACACGACCCUCACUGCCACCGGCCAUUUUUAUCCGGUGAUGACAAGGAGAACAUGGUGGAAGUAGAGAAAACGCCUAGGGGAGGGGGCGGUAGAGCACCCGAGCUAUCCCUAGGAGCAACUUGAGUACAUUUUAACCUCUUGGAGAGUGCACAAGUAUGAUCGUCAUGCACUGAAAGCCACCAACUAUAAUAUCCAUUCAGCUAUAAUUUAAACACCUCGAGAUUACAACCAUCAUUAGUUGUUCAUCUUAAAAUCAAUGCUAGGCUGCAUGCAUCACUCUGAUGCAAUGCAGAGGCCGGAGGCUAUCCUCCUUUUCAAAAAUAAUAAUAAUCAUAAAUCAAUGUAGACCUAUUUGAAAAAAAAGAAUAACCCGGAGAGAAGAAAAUAUUUGUUUUGUUGACAUGAGGUGGAAGAGAACAUGGUAGAUAAUAAUGGAAAGAGUAGGACAUCCAGAAAUGACAUCUAAUAUAUGUUGGUUCCUGUCUAUGGAACUCAUCAUGCACAACACAAACAAAUGCAACAAACAACAAGACAUCUAUGGAUGAGCUAAAUUAAGCAUGUAAUAUCAUGAUGAUCCGAGCAAUAGCAUGAUGAAUCAUUGAUUUUUUUUAGAGAGAGAACGGACCAUUGAAAUUUCCUAAAUGCUUAAUAGUGCAGCUGCACUAUUAAACAUUUCUGAGCGCUCGCUCUUCCACCUGUUCGAUUAAAAGGUGACCAUAUGAUGGAGACAUAGGAAACAUCAUUUUUUUUGUCAGGACGCGGCCCGCGCAGAGAGGAUAGAGGAAUACUAACACAUGUGGACGCAAGUAUUAACUGCAUGCAUGUACUGAUGUCAUUUCAUUUUAUUCCGUUCAUUUCUUUUUCUAAAAGCUACAACUUUCGAACCGAUUGUCAGGACGAAGAUCCGUUUUCAUCGUUAGGUUUCUCGUGAGGAGCUCUUCAAAACUAGAUCCUAUAGUGCUAUGUUUUGAUGAUUUAAAAAAAAGCAACUUUGAUGCUAGAUGAGGCAACUUUAGUUCUAAUCAGAAGCAACUUUCUUAUACCAUGUGUAUAGUGAAUUUACCUAGUAAGUAUGUUGUAUACAACUUAGAAACCAUGGUAGACAACUUUUUAUCAUAUAUAGGCAACUAGGUAUCAUUGGUAGGCAACUUUAGAAUUACAUGGAGGCAACUUUUAGCACUAAAGGAGGCAACUCGCUUAUCAAGGUAUAUACAACAUAUAUUAUCCAUUCCAUACAUGGCCCUAUAAUCAUGUAUCCAUGUUUUGUAAAUGCAUGGUAAUAUUUUCUCCUAAGUUGUUUACCGUGGUUAUGAUGUUGUUGAUAUAUGUGGACUAAAUUUGAUUAGUGUUAGAAAAAUAAAUAAGAUAAGCAACUUCACUCCAUUUAAAAGCAACUAGUAAACAAUUAUAGGCAACUAAUUAGCAACAGUGAAUAACUUUGAAACAUAGGUAGGUAACAUCACAUCGAUUUUCAUAACCAAUGUUCCUUCUACAAGUGGCAACUUUAGUACUACAAGUGGUAACACUCUUCUAACUUUCUCACUUCUACUUAUAAGUUUCCUAUUGUUGACGCUCUUAUGUCAUUACUUAUAAUUUUCCUAUAAUACUUUGAAGUCGUUUACCAUUGUUGUUGAGGUGUUGUCAUUGCUAGUUAGUUGCUUACCAGGUGUACUAUGGUCAUACAGUUACAUGUCAUUGUUAAUUAGUUGCCUACAAUACCCGAAUAGUUGUUCAUCAUUGUUUCUUAAGUUGUCUAUCUCCGAAGCACAAUGUUAAGAUACUCACUGGUUAUAGUAGGGAACUUAGAUGUGAAACUAGUCAACUUGGCUGUCAUGGUAGCCAACUUAGAAGGUUUUUUUGUUGAUAGACAGUCAUACUGACAAACAAAUAAGAAGUUGCUUUCCUAGAGUACUAAAGUUGCCUCUAUAGCAUCCAAAGUUGCUCGAGAGAAAAAAAUCAUCCAAACCCAUCCAUACGAGAUCUAGUUUUGAAGAGCUUGUCAAAAGAAACCCAACGAUGAAAACGGAUCUGAAUAUUGAUACUCAAAUAAAAAAUUACGACUUUUUAAUUCUUUUGAAACCCCCUAAUAAAUGCACAUGGGACAAGAUCUUAUCCUUUCCGGCUAGAAUCUGCAAGGUAAGUAAGCAAAGGGGGACGGACAUCAUGUGCUUCUCUAACUAAAAGUAGGACUUUCCUUUUCUGGUAGGUGUGCUCGCAGCCUCCGACGAGCGCAGGGGCGCUGUCUAGCCAGGUCCUUGAAAUUCAUAUGCAAUAACUAAUAGCACGAUGAGCUGGGCACUCGAGCACCUCCUUACCAAAAGAUGAUUCUAGUUAUAUAGAAAGUUAAGAUAAGAUCGAUCCUACCGCUUAAUCAGUGUUUCUGAUGCAACGUAUGUCCAGCCAUAAUUUUGCUAUGGAAACAACGUUUCUGAAUGCAACAUCAUGCUGGCUAAAAUGAUGGCCAUGCUCCCAUGUGUAUGGCAUCAUCGCCCGCACAUGGUGUCCAUACCUACCUACUCACCCACGGAUCGGGUGAUGAAGGAGAGCCACCGGACAGGUCGCGCCGGUGGCAGCCCAGCUACUAUUGUCAGAUAGUGGCCCGGCGACAGCAGGCUCGUGAACCUCGUGGGUGCGCGUGGACGGCGACUUGGAAAGCAGUCCGGCCGUGGUCUGGCCAGACAGCCAGUCUCACCGUCGGCACUGCCGUCGGCGGGAAUCCAGGCCUGUUAUUGACGGUGCCGUCAGUGGGAGUGAGUGAUCAGAAACCAAUCUGGAAAGAGCCAAGCCAAUCCACUAUUUAGCCGGCCGGAGCGUCAACGCCAAGAGGGCACACACACACAUGUACUGUACGAGCUAGCUAUAGACCAUAGCUCCGUAGCCUCUCUCGUCCUAACUAGCUGCCAAACCUCACGAGCGUCAUGGCUCGCGGGGACGAGCAUGAGCAUGAGCAUGAGCAUGGCGCGUCGUGUCUGCUGGAGAGCAUCCUGACGGACACGUCGGCGCCGCUGGCGAGGCGCGCGUGGUUGGCGGGGGCGGUCGAGCUCCGGCUGCUGGCGCGGCUGGCGGCGCCGGCGGUGGUGGUGUACAUGAUCAACUUCGUCAUGUCCAUGUCGACGCAGAUCCUGUGCGGCCACUUGGGGACCCUGGAGCUCGCCGCCGCCUCGCUCGGCAACUGCGGCGUCCAGACCUUCGCCUUCGGCCUCAUGCUGGGCAUGGGAAGUGCAGUGGAGACCCUCUGCGGGCAGGCCUACGGUGCCCACAAGUACGACAUGCUCGGAAUCUACCUACAGCGCUCCGUCAUUCUCUUGGGCUUAACCGGCAUACCACUUGCUGUGAUGUACGCUUUCUCGGAGCCACUCCUCUUGUUGAUGGGACAGUCACCCGAGAUAGCCCGUGCCGCAUCGAUCUUCGUGUACGGCCUGAUUCCUCAGAUCUUCGCGUACGCCGUCAACUUCCCCAUUCAGAAAUUUCUGCAGGCCCAGAGCAUCGUCCUGCCGAGUGCUUACAUCUCGACGGCAACACUCAUUCUACAUGUGAUGCUGAGCUGGGUGCUAAUGUACAAGGUCGGCCUUGGGCUGCUCGGUGCCUCGCUGGUGCUGAGUGUGAGCUGGUGGAUUAUCGUCGGAGCGCAAUUUGUGUACAUUGUCGUGAGCCCGACAUGCCGACACACAUGGACGGGAUUCAGUUGGCAGGCCUUCUCCGGUUUGCCGAGCUUCUUCAAACUCUCCGCCGCAUCUGCUGUGAUGUUGUGCCUUGAAACAUGGUACUUUCAGGUGCUUGUGAUCAUUGCUGGAUUGCUCCCCAACCCUGAGAUUGCCCUGGAUUCCCUCUCUGUAUGUAUGACGAUUUAUGGUUGGGUGUUCAUGAUCUCCGUUGGGUUCAAUGCUGCUGCAAGUGUAAGAGUGAGCAAUGAGCUUGGCGCCGGCAACCCCAAGUCUGCAUUUUUCUCUGUGUGGGUCGUGACCGGGCUCUCUGCAACAAUCUCAACCAUCCUUGCUGUUGUGAUCCUCUGCCUCCGCAACCACAUCAGCUACUUGUUCACAGAUGGUGAAGCAGUUUCGGACGCGGUAGCAGAUCUCUGCCCAUUGCUCGCCAUCACACUCGUUCUCGGUGGCAUCCAACCUGUACUGACAGGUGUUGCUGUUGGAUGUGGAUGGCAACAAUUUGUUGCUUACGUGAACGUCGGCUCUUACUACAUUGUAGGCGUUCCACUUGGUGUUGUUCUCGGUUUUUUCUUCAAUCUUGGUGCAAAGGGUAUUUGGGGUGGCUUGAUUGGGGGAACAGCCUUGCAGACGGCCAUUCUGCUGUGGGUCACCAUCAGAACUGACUGGUCCAAAGAGGUAGAGGAGGCACAGAAAAGGUUGAACAAGUGGGACGAGAAGAAACAGCCUCUCCUUGCAGGGUUCAACGAUAAUGACAAAUAAGUGGACCAGUCUAGAUGUGUGUUUCACUUGAACGAUGCAGAAGUGUGCUGGCUAUGAGACUCACAGUCUUCGUGGGUGUGAGUGGCUGAAUUCAGGUCCCUUGAUUCUCGUGUAGAUUAUCAGAGAGUUUCUGUCUCAAUUUUUGGUGGACAAGCCAGUGAUGGGCUUGUUAGUAUAUAUACGGUAGGCUUGGUUAGCAUGUUACAUCUUUCUUUUGUCCAAUUGUCUUUAAGUUAUGUGUUUCUCCUUCUUUCUUGGGAGACCAUUAUUUGGCGUCUUUGUGAUUAGCUUUGGCAUGAUGCAGAAGCGGGUAAUUAAAAGGGUGUGAAGUUUUGGACAGGAGCCCGGAAUUUGGAAUUUGGAAAUCAUGUGAAAAUGCUAUUUUAUAGUACUAGACAAUUUCUCCGCAUUGCUAAGGGUUAUAAAUAUUCUAGUAUGUUAGCCCGUGAUUUACCCUCCCAUGUUACUGUGAUUGUGUAAAUGAAGUAGGCUUUUGUUUGAUAAACACUCAUUUGGUAACUUUGUUGACUUAUCAGAUAAAACACAAUUUUAUUUUA